UUGUAGAAUGAGCCGUCUUAGGGGCUUGGGGGAGGGGCGUGGGAAAUCCUUAGGAGGCAAGUCCCUUCCGCCCAUGACGGAGGAUAUUAGACCGGCCGCGCACUGCCCUCCGUAGCCAGUCACCAGUUAGACACCGCAGCGCACAGACCUGAGAAAGUGACCACAGAGCCUUUUAUCCAAGGGCGAAAUGAGAUCAUUUACUAUACUGAGCCUUGUGGCGCUGCAUCUGGUGUUGGGAGUCUCCGGAUCCCCGUUCCAUGCCAAGAGAUACAGGAAGACCCAACUCGAAGAUCAAGACUACUGGAACAGCAUCGGCCAGUCGGAACUCAAGCGAGCUCUGGGUCAGAAAUGGAACACCAACGUGGCUAAAAAUGUCAUCCUAUUCCUCGGUGAUGGCAUGAGUAUCCCUACCCUGACCGCUGCCAGGAUCUACAAGGGCCAGCUUGCCAAACGCGGAGGAGAGGAAGGAACUCUUACCUUUGAGACUUUCCCCCAUGUAGGACUUUCCAAGACAUACAAUGUGAACAAGCAAGUAGCAGACAGUGCCAGUACUGCUACUGCAUAUCUGACUGGUGUGAAAACCAACUACAAGACCGUUGGAGUUGACGGAUCUGUCGAGUACAACGACUGUCAGACAAUGUUCGACUCCAACAAGGUCUAUUCCAUCGUGAAAUGGGCUCAAGAUGCAGGGAAAAUGACAGGUGUGGUCACCUCCACCAGACUGACUCACGCCACACCUGCAGCCAGUUACGCUCACGUCCCCAACCGUGACUGGGAAUGUGACGGCAGAAUCAAACCUGAGGACUUCGAGAAGUGCCCUGACCUCAAGGACAUCGCCAGGCAACUCAUUGAGGACGAACCUGGCAAUUCCAUUAAUGUGCUCAUGGGAGGAGGAUAUCAGAACUUCGACGCCAAUGCGACAGACUUGCCCAACGACCCUCUUGAUGACGACCCAAACAGGUGCCUUCGCCGCGAUGGUCGUCAGCUGACCAGAGAAUGGCAGGAAAGGAGGGCCGCCACCAAGAGCAAGCAUGCCUUCGUCAGGAGCAGGACUGACCUCCACAAUGUGGACCUCUCAGAUACCGAAUACCUGUUAGGCCUCUUUUCCAACGGCCAUGUCCCAUACGAAUAUGAAAAGGUCGAGAAGAACUUGGACAUCCCAACUCUAGCAGAAAUGGCCGCAGCUGCUAUUAAGAUCUUGAAAAACGGGCCCAAUGGGUAUUUCUUACUUGUGGAAGGAGGAAGAAUUGACCACGGACACCACGAUACCAAAGCUCACAGAGCUCUCGACGAAGCUGUCGCUAUGGACAGAGCUGUCGAGGAGGCUUUAAGACUUACCAGCAGGGAGGACACCCUUAUUGUCGUAACAGCUGAUCAUGCCCAUACCAUGUCCAUCAGCGGUUACCCUGCCCGUGGUCAAGAAAUCAUUGGUCUAGCAGCCCUUGGCGACGAUGGCCUGCCCUACACAACCCUCAUGUACGCCAACGGCCCUGGAUACAAUUACACCAUCAAAUCCGACGAUGACGAUGAUGACGAAGAAGGCAACGGCGACGACGACGAUGACGAGCACUUCGAAGUCUCCCGCUGGAACGUCACUCAGGAGGAAGCCACCGCUUGGGACUACACCCAGCUGGCUGCCGUUCCCAAGAACUCCGAGACUCACGGAGGCGAUGACGUCGCCAUCUACGCCAUCGGACCAAUGUCCCACCUCUUCCACACGCUUCAUGAGCAGAACUACAUCGCUCACGCCAUGGCCUACGCUGCUUGCAUCGGCAAAAGUUUCGGAAACUGCGACGGCCGCGACAACAAGAUCACCCCACCCGAGACCCACUUCCAGUCAACCACCCUUGAGCUCGAAGGCGCCUCCCAGAGCUCCUCUGUCGCGACAGAAAGACAGCGAGAAUUCACCUACUCCCAGCUGACCACCGACGGAGGCGCUGCUCAGAUGUCCUCUGUACCUGCUUUGGUCUUCGCUACACUCACAGCCCUUUGGUUGCGGCAGUAGCUCGUGACCGGAGGGUAUCUGCGCUGGUGUCAAAUGGUAUGCACAAAAAUCUCGUCCGAACUCGGUAAUUUUGAAAGGGUGCUUUCGUGGAUAUACACGUUUCCAGGAGGCUUUAACUGAAAAUAUUUGUAUCACGUGGAAUCGCCAACGGGAGAACUAUCAAAAUUAACUAUGAAGCAAAGGAGAGAUUUUCGCCCAUAGUCAUAUGAAACCUCGCCCCUGACACCAAGAGUUAAAAGACAGCUUGAACCUUGAACAGAAACUGGACUGCAGGUGCUGACACAGAGGCUCUGGAAACUUCAAGCAACAUUUUGUGGAAGAAGUAUCAGAAACUCUGGAACUUGCAAAACCACAACAAGACAAUUCGAUUAUCAUCACUUCAUCACCUGUUUUCAUCAGCACAUGAUUCAUUUCACUGUGGCUGUGGCUGAGAGAAGCAGGGACAGUUCAAGACUAGUUCUGGUUGUGUGGGGGAAUUACUUGAAAGGCCUACAAAAGGAAUUUUCCAGGUAUGCUCACGGGAUAAACGGAUGAGGAAAAAAAAGGGGUACCUCAGUUUCUCGAAACAGAAUUGCGUUAGUUUUAGGGCUGUUGCCAAAAAUACAAUGUACCGAUGAGGAAAUUCGUGGAAAAAAUAAUUUCCUAGAGCGUCACUGAAUAAUCUUUGCUCUGUGAUAAUCCAGUCAGAUUUGUUUUGUUUACGUCACCGGUUAGUUUAUGUUUAGAGCAAUUCCUUAGAGAAGGGCAUUAAGUGUGAUAAUAAUGUAUAACGUCCAACGUGCCAUAGGCCUUUGUAGAAAAGCAUUUCAAUUAAUUUUUGCUUAAGAUAUUUCUAUCUUAGUGUGUUCCUCAACAUUAGACUAUUGAUUUCUAGACAUUGCUAAAAAUGGCUUAACUUUUAAUUCCGUCAAAAAUCUACAAAAAUGUCUUGUGUAAUUUCAUAUUUAUAUAUGUGCAAGUUUGGCAGUAAUUAUUUUAUUUAUUUAGUGUAAGGUCAAGUCUAAUAACAAAGAUAUCGCAACUUUGUAUUCAAAACAAAAAUUCAAAAAUAUAUUUAUAGAAACUAAUGAUAUAAAUCUAAGAAAACAAAAAACCCAAAAGAUAUCAUUUUACUAAAUCAAAUCUUAGACAAAAGUGAACAAGUGUAUUAAGAGCCAAAAAUGUAAUGAAUUUGCAAUGCUUUUCGACCUAAAGGCCCCAUCUAUUCAUUCUUCAUAACGGAAACCAUUGGAACUUACAAGGAAUAAAGUCGAGUUGAACAGUCAGGUGAAAAGUUCUCAAACGUCACCGCCCAUAGUCAUAUCUUACACAUUCACCAGUCAUAUUUCCAUUCAUAACGGGAUCCUUUUUCAUCUCCAAUGAGUGAAACUCAUUUGCCUUCAUGUCAUUUGCACUGUUACCUGUCACCUCCAAUGGCUCCGGUUAAGUCAUCGUCGUUCAUUCACCAAGUGACAGAAGCACCUUCGAAGUCAGUAGGUGUUGGCGAUGACGUCACGAGUGUCCAUUCACUACGUUUCGCCGGAGUUUUCAUUCAUUACAUUCACCGGAAGUCGUUCGCUCUUUCAUUCAUGUUCAUGACCUCGUAGCGUUUUGGUCGCGUUGUGAUAUUUUGCCAUUGUAAAAAGUCUAAAUAAACAAAGUUAUUUUAUUAUAAUAUUAUUUGAUAAUUAAUAAAGUAAUGAUGAUUA